CUAGCAGGUAGCUGCUACCCAGGAGCGAUGGCGUCUGCGGCGAUGGAUACCACGUAAAUAAACAACAACACACACGGUACGGUCGGUGUAUGUUCGUGUGUCAUUAGCGGUACAUUGUGGAAGCAGAAUUAAGAAAAAUAGAAGAGUGUUAUGGCGACCGGGAGCGGCGGCAGCAUCAGCGGCGGCUUGGCGUCAAACCAUGACGGUCAGGAGGCAGCAUCCAAUUCGGCUCAGUCUGGAGCCGCAGCAGCGAUCUCCAGCGUGCCAGCCUCCGGUCCUGCACCGUCAGCCUCCCCGCCUGUCCUCGGCCUUCACCGGGAGCCAAUGUACAACUGGCAGGCGACGAAGAGCUCCCUGAAGGAGCGCUUCGCCUUCCUCUUCAACAACGAACUGCUCAGCGACGUCAGGUUCAUAGUGGGGAAAGGCAGGCAGGCCCAGAGGAUACCAGCCCAUAAAUUCGUCCUGGCCGCUGGCAGUGCCGUUUUUGAUGCUAUGUUCAACGGAGGAAUGGCCACCACUUCGGCUGAAAUAGAGCUGCCUGAUGUGGAGCCGGCUGCCUUUCUCGCCCUGCUCAGGUUCCUGUAUUCUGACGAGAUCCACAUUGGUCCAGAGACUGUGAUGACGACUCUGUAUACGGCUAAGAAGUAUGCUGUCCCUGCUCUGGAAGGUCACUGUGUGGAGUUCCUCACCAAGCACCUCAGAGCCGACAAUGCAUUCAUGCUGCUUACUCAGGCGAGGUUAUUUGAUGAGCCUCAACUUGCCAGUCUCUGCUUAGACACCAUAGAUAAAAGCACUGCAGACGCAAUAAACGCAGAGGGCUUCACAGAUAUUGACCUCGACACCUUAUGUGCAGUGCUAGAAAGAGACACGCUCAGCAUCAGGGAGAACCGUCUGUUUGGGGCGGUGGUACGCUGGGCAGAGGCCGAGUGUUACAGACAACAGCUUCCCCUGACCUCAGAGAACAAGCAGAAGGUUCUGGGGAAAGCCCUCCCGCUCAUCCGCUUUCCACUCAUGACUGUUGAGGAGUUUGCUGCAGGGCCUGCCCAGUCUGGAAUAUUGUUCGAUCGGGAGGUGGUAAAUCUGUUUUUACACUUUACAGUAAACCCCAAACCACGGGUCGACUACAUUGACAGGCCCCGCUGCUGUCUCAGGGGGGAGGAGUGCAGCAUUAAUAGAUUCCAGCAGGUUGAGAGUCGAUGGGGGUACAGUGGUACCAGCGACAGAAUCAGAUUCAAUGUCAACAAAAGAAUAUCCAUAGUGGGUUUUGGCUUGUAUGGUUCAAUACAUGGACCCACUGACUAUCAGGUCAACAUACAGAUCAUAGAGAGUGACAAACGCAUUACACUGGGCCAGAACGACACAGGCUUCAGCUGUGACGGCACAGCAAACACAUUCAGAGUGAUGUUCAAAGAGCCUGUGGAAAUCCUGCCCAAUGUCAGCUACACUGCAUGCGCCACCUUAAAGGGCUCAGACUCACAUUAUGGCACAAAGGGGUUGAAGAAAGUGACCCAGGAAUCAGCAACGGGGACCAAGACAACGUUUUUGUUUUUCAGCUCACCUGGAAAUAACAAUGGUACAUCUGUGGAGGAUGGACAGAUCCCAGAGAUCAUCUACUACACCUAGACUUAACACAGUGUCAUGCAGGUACACUGAACCAGCAAGACCUCAGACUGCUGGGAAGACUGGAUUGCAAGAGAUAUACGUAGUGCCUCAUGAUCCCUUGGAAUCAAGAGAGUGUGUAUGUGUGUGUGUGUGUGUGUG